AGCACGCAGCUGGCAGGUGGCUCCUGCAGGACCGAGCUCCAGCCACCAGCCUGCGGAGGCCAUGUCGGACUAUGAGAAUGAGGACGAGUGCUGGAAUGCCCUGGAGGGCUUCCGGGUCAAGCUCAUCUCUGUCAUCGACCCUGCCCGCAUCACGCCCUACCUGCGCCAGUGCAAGGUUCUGAACCCUGAUGACGAGGAGCAGGUGCUCAGUGACCCCAACCUUGUCAUCCGCAAGCGGAAAGUGGGCGUGCUGCUGGACAUCCUGCAGAGGACAGGUCACAAGGGCUACGUGGCCUUCCUCGAGAGCCUGGAGCUUUACUACCCACAGCUAUAUAGGAAAGUCACCGGCAAGGAACCGGCUCGUGUCUUCUCCAUGAUCAUCGACGCAUCUGGGGAGUCUGGCCUCACACAGCUGCUGAUGACGGAGGUCAUGAAACUGCAGAAGAAGGUGCAGGACUUGACUGCGCUGCUGAGCUCCAAGGACGACUUCAUCAAGGAGCUGCGGGUGAAGGACAGCCUACUGCGCACACACCAGGAGCGGGUGCAGCGGCUCAAGGAGCAGUGCGAAGCCGGCGGCCGCGAGCUUAAGCGCUGCAAGGAAGAGAACUACGACCUGGCCCUUCGCCUGGCGCGCCUCAGCGAGGAGAAGGGCGCAGCACUCAUGCGGAGCCGCGACCUGCAGCUGGAGGUGGACCGACUCAGGCACAGCCUCAUGAAGGCGGAGGACGACUGCAAGGUGGAGCGCAAACACACGCUGAAGCUCAGGCACGCCAUGGAGCAGCGGCCCAGCCAGGAGCUGCUAUGGGAGCUGCAGCAGGAGAAGGCCCUGCUGCAGGCCCGUGUGCAGGAGCUGGAAGCCUCCGUGCAGGAGGGGAAGCUGGACAGGAACAGCCCCUACAUCCAGGUGCUGGAGGAGGACUGGCGCCAGGCACUGCGGGACCACCAGGAGCAGGCCAACACCAUAUUCUCCCUGCGCAAGGACCUCCGCCAGGGCGAGGCCCUCCGCAACCGGUGCAUGGAGGAGAGGGAGAUGUUCGAGCUGCAGUGCCUGGCUCUGCGCAAGGACUCCAAGAUGUACAAGGACCGCAUCGAGGCUGUCCUGCAGCAGAUGGAGGAGGUGGCCAUCGAGCGGGACCAGGCCAUGGCCUCCCGGGAGGAACUGCACACGCAGUGUGCCCGGAGCCUCCAGGAGAAGGAUGAACUGCGCAAGCGGGUCCGGGAGCUGAGCGAGAAGGCAGAUGAGCUGCAGCUGCAGCUGUUCCAGUGCGAGAGCCGGCUGCUGGCUGCAGAGGGCAGGCUCAAGCAGCAGCAGCUGGACACACUCACCCUGAGCUCUGAUCUGGAGGAUAGCUCCCCCAGGAAUUCCCAGGAGCUCUCACUGCCCCUGGAUGUGGAGGAGGAUGCCCAGCUCUCAGACAGAGGAGGCCUCGCUGAGGGGGAGAGCCAAGAGCAGCCCUUCGCAGCCCCGCAGAAGGACGUUGGCGCGGGCAGCGGCGAGCCCCCGGAGAAGGAGCGGCGGCGCCUCAAGGAGAGCUUCGAGAACUACCGCAGGAAGCGGGCGCUCAGGAAGAUGCAGAACGGCUGGCGGCAGGGCGAGGGGGACCGCGGGAACACCACCGGCAGCGACAACACCGACACCGAGGGCUCCUAGUGCGCCGGGACCGUCGUGGGGCGGCACGCACUCCCCGCACCUGCAGCGGACUCCACGCCGUGGCUGACCUGGCCACAGCAAAUGAGCUGGACGCCCCUCCGUGAGGCUGCCCUCGCACCUAAUUUUUAAAUGCGCCUCCUAUUUUUACUGUACGCUACCCUUGUUUUGUGGAAACACCGUAAAGUGCAGUAAAUAAAAAUAACC